CCAAGGUGUCCAGUCCGCCGUUGCAGCCAGUAAUGUCUGGACGCGCGACGCGCGCGCACGUCUACAUUUCACGUCUACCCUGCGAUCCGGUUUCAUUGUUUAGUGCCGGCCACGAUUUAUGUUGCGGUUACGCGUUGUGUAUUAUGGUACGGUCGCGUGUGUAUCGUGCGGACGGGGGUGUUUUGCAAGUGCACGUUAAAUUAUAAUGUGUUUAUCAUUACUCUUAUAUUAAACCGGUUGUUGACCUCGGGCGUGAGCAGGCGGACACCAGCGGCAGCAGACACAGACCGUCCCGGUCAUCUCCGCAGAUGUCGUUGGACCCGGUCGGUGCCGUCACGGCCGUCGCGACUGCCGACGUCCGCCGCCACCGUCAUGUGCACCACCGUUAUCGGCACAAGCGGCCUCAACAUACUUUAGCCGCGACAACAGACCAGGACACUCUUCAUCCCGUUCAGUAUACAGGAUCCGUUGUGGUUAAUUGCCACGAUCAGAUGACACCGGUAGAAUUUGUCAGAAACCUUAUGGCCAAACAUAGAAAGGUUUUGAUUGAAAAAGAAGUGUGUCUUCUGAUAACAGUUACCGGAAUUAAAGUAUGCAGUACAGAUGGAAAGGUGUUAAUGGCCCACGGCCUCAAAAGGAUUUCGUAUGCCACAUGUGAUCCCAGUUGUAAACAGUUUUGUUUCCUGGCAAGACAGCCUGGUGACAACAUCAAUAAGCAGUACUGUCAUCUGUUCGUUACUAAAACGGCCGAUCAGGCCGAGGGAUUGAACUCAAUUGUAGGAAAUGCUUUUAGAAUGGCUUACGCUGCUCAAUUGGAGCUCGAAAGAAGAUCGGUGACAAACUCACCGAAAAUUAACUUAAACAACACUUCAUGGAAUAAAUCGGCAAAUAAAUUAAAUGUUCAAAGAAUUCAGAACACAUCACCGCUAGCAAAGAGAUUAGCUGAAAGUCCUAAACCAAUUCCUCCUAAAACUUUGCCUGGUAUAAGGCCAUUUGAAAAUAGCAAAGAUUUAGAUAUCACUUCUAGUCAAGUUUCCACGCCUACUAGUAGUGAUGAUAGUCCUGAUAUAAAUACAUAUAAACGUAUGAUAGAAAAACCACAUUUAAUAAAACGUCUGGCCAUGGGUUUAUCCGUUCAUACCAAUUGUUCGAAUGAAGACUGGUAUCCAUUAGUGUGCAGUUCCUCCGUAUCUAGCUCGCCUUCUACGAACAGCGAUGACUGCAAUUCGCCAGACACUUCUCAAGAAAAGUUAAAGAACAACAGGGUAACUCAGAGUAAUGCUGGCGCGCCUGUUUCUCUUAGUUGUAUCAAACUUAAUCAUAAUAUGAUCACAAAUGUAAUAGAUAAAACGCCAACGCCUCCGCCUUUACCAGAACGUUCAGAUAGUCUACUUGAUAAACCUGAUGAAUGCGAAUUGAAAAAAGCGCCUUGGUUUCAAGCCGGUAUUCCAAGAGAAAUUACAUUGGAAGUUCUAAGUCAAGAGCCUGUCGGUGCUUUCAUGGUUCGAGAAAGUACCAGCAAACCAGGGUGUUUUGCUUUAUCUCUUAGAGUACCUAAAGAAUUUCAUCCUCUAGGAAUCGCUCAUUAUUUAAUAUUAAGGACUAAUAAGGGAUUUAAAAUUAAGGGUUUUACAAAAGAAUUUACUACAUUAACUUCUCUAAUAACCCAUCAUUCCGUUAUGCCAGAACUGUUACCAUGUCCAUUGUCAUUAAGUCGGUAUAAUCCCACAUUUGUUAAAUCGGAUUCCAAUCAAGAUUUUGCGGAUAUAGACGAUGAUCCAGAUUACAAUACGCUCGCCGAUUUUAGAAAAAUGAUGGCUAAUUUAAAUGUUUAACAUUACGUACUCGCAUAAGAUUUAACAAUUCAAUUUAACUAACUAAAACACAAUUGCCAGAUAAUUUGGUGGUUGCUAAAAUUAUUUUUUGUUGUAUUACUUUUAAUCAAUACUUUUUUUUGAGGUAUACUUAAUAAUUUAUUGUUAAUAGUCAGUUAACGUUUUAAAAUAUAAAAAUAGUCAAUAGUAGCUCAAAUUAUUAUUGACUAGUGAUAUUUUAACACUAUUUGAAUAAUAAUAAAAAAAACAAUGUACAUUGUUUAAACUUUAAAGAAAAUAAUUCUUUAGCAUUAUCUAUAAAAUAAUAUUUUUAUUGCAUUUUUUUUAUCAAUCAUCAUUUAUGGCGAAUGUGCAAAAUUUAAUUUCUAGUACUUAAUUAAAAAUUGAGUUAUAACCAAAUUAGUCAAAUUAACUUUUGUAAAGUAAAAAUAAAUCGUCAUUCCUAGUCUUGUGUGA